AUGUCCGAGGAAGGCGCUUUGAUGGAGCGGUUUCGAAACUCCUUGGCUAGUGGAAAUUCUAAGGAGUUAACUCAGAUAUGCGAGGAGGCAGCGAAAUCCAAGGUCUGUCUUAAGGCUCCCGAACGCAUAGUCACUGAGAACGCAACGUCCAAGCCUUCUCCAGAGGAACUGAGGAUCUUGUUUACUAAUAUUGCAGCGGGAAAUUAUGAGGCAUGCAAGCAACAGAGCGGUGCGCUUAUCUGCUCCUGGCAAGGAAGGACUCCGCUCAUGUGUGCAGCGGAACAUGGACAUGUGGAUCUAACCAAGCUAUUUCUGUCUCAGCUAGGCUGUGUCUCAGGAGAUAUGGCAAGACGCACUGCUCUUCAGUUGGCUUUGAUAAACGGGCAUUCAGCGCUCUUUGUAUAUUUACUCCCGGAACGCGGGAUUCGUGGAAUAUAUGGCCGCACAAUGCUUCAUCUAACUGCAUCUAUGGGGGUUUCUACGUGGCUAAACAAUUUCACAGCCUAUCUCGGCGAAACAGACGACGAUGAAAACACAGCCUUGAUGCUAGCAGCAACGAACGGUCACGCGGCAUGUGUGGAGCAGCUACUUACAGAGCUAGGAGAGGUAAAUACAAAUGGUGACACUGCGUUGUUGCUUGCAAUGAGAGCAAGAGAGCGUAGCUGUGUCAAACUGCUAGAAGGAGAAAUAGGGAUCGCGGGCGUAACUUCUCUAAUGUAUACUGCUUCCUUAGGAGAUGCGUCCACGCUAUCCCAGUUUCUCAAGGAGCGAAAAGCCAUCGCUCUAAUGGGUCGCCAGGAUAACCAAGGACGCACAGCUCUAACCUAUGCUAUGGAGGCAGGCAUACCCAUUGAUACAUGUGUUCCCUUAUUAGCGAAAGAAGAGAACAUCCCGACGGCGGAUGGCUCACUUCCCGUUCACAUUGCUGUGAGACGCGGCCUCUCGGACUAUUUGAAACGUCUACGCCAUCAGCUCGUGAUUCCUGAUAACACAGGAGACUACCCUUUAUCUGUAGCUGCACGCUAUUGCUGGUGUGACUCUCUUGUAGAACUGCUUGACCUCAAAGAGAACGAUGAUACGGAGUCUUCACCUAUUCAUCUGGAUCCCGUCAUCUUGAGUACUGCUAUAGACGCCGCUAUCAAACACAUAUGUCGUCUCGCGCUCCCUAUUCUUACUGCACAUGUUAUCAAGUACAACUUGCUAGGACGCGUGUCUGUGCAGAGACGCACUGGGGUCCAUGUUCUAUCACCAACAGAUCUAAUGAAGAGUGCUGCUAAGGGUAACACGCAUGGUGUUCUGGCUAAUCUGCACAAGAUGAACUGUAUUUACGAAGAUAAAACCGCUCUGAUGAUAGCAGCAGCCGGCGGGCAUCACGAAUGCGUCAAGCUCCUACUAUGCGAGUUAGGAAUAGUAGGCAGCAAUGAAUUAACAGCUCUUGACUAUGCGUGUGAACAUGGAUACCUAGGAUGCAUAGAGCAGCUGUCUCCAGAGUAUUCAUUGAUGUUAGGGAAACCCUUGUAUCAUGCGGCCAUUGGAGACUAUGACUGGAUCAAGAGGCAUAUUAAAUCCGUAUAUAGAUCCACUGUCCUAUUCAGAACUCCUCUUAUGUGCGCCGCAGCAUGUGGACAAGACAAAGUUGUGGCAGAGCUUACUGAACAGAUUGGGAUGACAGAUUCACUGGGCUAUACUGCGCUAGGCAUAGCAGCCCAACGAGAUCAGAUGUCAGUCAUCCCUAUUCUUACUGACGAGCUUUCUUUAUCGCAAGCAAAUGGUAUGUCUGCUCUUAUGGUCGCGUGUAAGUAUGGGUGCUAUAGCUCCGCCGAGGCGCUCUUUUCUCUUUACUAUCCUAAUAAUAAAGCUGAUGCAUUGAUUGGUAACGGUACUGUACAAGCCCUUGGACAUGUAAGACGUGACUCCGAUGGUAAGACCGCUUUGAUGUACGCCACCAUAUCAAGAAAGCGCCUCCUUGUCCGCAUGCUACUUGGAGUAGAGGGUGGCUUGCAAGAUAAUGUUGGAAUGACGGCGCUUAUGUAUGCAGUUCGCUACGGCUGCAAGGAAUGCUACGAACUUCUUAUAACAUGCCAGGCUGAAGUCAAGCACCGGAACAACAAAAAGGAAACAGCUCUUAUAUUAGCAAUUAAGCAUAAGCGUGAUCUUGCUGUAACGUUACUUGGACCAAUAGAAGGGACCGAGCGAGACAGCGCUUCAAGAACAGCACUUAUUUUUGCUACCGAGAGAAAUAGAAAAAGAUAUAUAAGAGAGCUAUGUCCGCAUGGUGAAGGCUCAGUGGAUGAGCACGGAAACAGUGCCCUAUCUAUUGCCAUCAAAAACGGACUUGUCACUAUAACUCGAUGUUUGGUUCACUCCUCUUUAGAGUGUGCAGUUGCAAAGAAGAUCAUUGCAGCUUUAGAAAAUAACCCACAAAACAGCAAAAUAACGGCAGACUGCUUAAGAAUACUAAAUGAGCACACUGAUCCUUAA